AUGCGAAACUACGCAAAUACCGUCAGAGAAUUGACCAAGAAAAGGCCAGAUGCUGUGAGUUCAUGGGCGAGAACGGCACAAAUCUGCUUCAGCGAACGAGCCCACGAGCAGAGAGCGACACGCGAUGCAGCACUGGGGAGCAAAUUCCACAAACUGCCUGAUCCAACGUCAUCCAGAAGCGGCACACUGGUACACAACCUGUCGUCAAAGGAACUGACGAAGGAGCAAGCACAGGUUUUACGGCACAAAGCCUCAUUCAACACAGUUGACGCCAAACCUGUCAACUUGAUUGCAGCAGUGGAAUCGGUCAUUAAUCAGACGGAAGCGGCGGAGGAGACGAAGAACCUUAUCCGACGCCAAGUUACGUCCCUCCUUAUUACUCACAAGCCGCGCGAAACAUUCACAAAGGUCGAACGCGAUGCACUAAGAGAACUCAAGGCCGACAAGGACAUCGUCAUUGUGCCCGCGGACAAGGAACGUUCCACCGUCGUACUGGACAGAACAGACUACCUUCAGAAGGCCAAAAACCUACUGGAGGAUCGCCAGUUUUAUGUCCCAUGUGAAACCAACCCCAUAAAAACGCUGACACGCGAAAUUAAUGCAACACUGUUGGCACUGGAGAACUCGGGUGCAAUAACAGCGACCGACCGACGCAUGGCGAGAGCCCAAGAAACGGCUUUGGCCCGAUUCUAUGGUCUCCCAAAGGUGCACAAGGAGGGCGCUCCUCUCCGGCCCAUUGUUUCGCGCAAAGGCAUUCCAACGUACGGACUGGCAAGAUGGCUGUUUCGGCGCCUCAAAUUUCUGACCGCUGAUUCGGACACCACGGUCUGUUCGUCAACGCAAUUCCUGGAGAAGCUUAAAGGAGUAAGUCUCUUGCCCAAUGAGGCCAUGGUGUCUUUUGAUGUCACGUCCCUCUUUACUUCUAUCCCCCAGGAUCUGGCAAUCGAGACCGUCCAGCUACUCCUACGAAACAAAUACGAUGAAACGGAGAAUCGUCUCGGACAUGCCAAGUCCUUCACCUCCUAA